AUGAGUAGCAAUACAGCGAGUACCACGUCCUUCUUCUCGUUUGGUCCAAACGAUAGCUUUGUAUCUAAAAGCGCGGCGGGACUACAGUAUCUCCAAGACCAGCUCCUCAGCAGGGCGGUAUCAGAAGUCCACUGGGCGGUCCUCGGCCCGUCGCCCGAAUCCUGGGUGCUCAGCUCCAAAGACAGCGCGGGCAAGAGCAGCCUGAAAUGGGGCCCUGCCGUGCCUUCUCGACUGCAGACGGUGCUGAAUAAAACAUGGCACUCGCCGCAUCUCCGCGCGUUUCUCGGCCCAGACGACAGCUUCCUCGUCUGGCAUCCCGACCUGAUCCGGUGGGGCAAUCUGCCGACGGCGCUCGAAGACGCAUUGCAGUCGUGGCUGACGCCGUCGGGAUGGCGGGUUGGUCCGCCGCGGAUGGUAACGUGGGGUCCUGAGGGCGCCUUCUUCGCCAUGAGCGAGUACGGCGAUGUGGUGUUUAAGCUGGGCGAGGGCGACGCGUGGGAGAUUUACAAAGAGACGGUUGACGAGUGGAAGGCGGAAAAGGGGUUUCAGUGGAAUCAGCUGGCGUACAUUGCGCUCGACCCCUCGAGCGCGGAUCAGUUUAUCGCCGUGAGGAAGGAUGGCACGUGGGCGGGCUCGAUUGACGAUGUCAAUGAAGAUGCGCUCGAGGGGUUUGCCCUGAACUUCUUUGCUAAGGCGAAGACCAAGCACCGUGCCAAGCAGAGUACCUCGCAGCCUGGCGCGGGACAGCCGCAGAAUGGGACGCACGAGUCUGAGGAAAAGAGGAGGGAGGCCGCGACUAAGGCGCUGUAUGAGAAGUGGUCGGCAGAGACGGCGAGCAUGUUUGCGGCGGCGGCGGCGGCGGCGUCGGCGGGCCCGAAACAGAAAACACCACGCAAGAUUCAGGUACGUUCGCAGUCGACUAGCUCGGAUACGCCGCCGCCGUUGCACAGGUUACCUUCUUCUUCGCCCAAGCUUUUCACAAUGUUUCCCUAUCUGCCUGGUAGUCUUACGACGUGUGCGCUGCCAGCGUGCAAGAUGCUCAAGCUGGAAGAGAAUAGUAUACACGCCUGCCAUCACGAUGUAGAGAAGUUGCUUCGUGCCAGUGGGCUGUAUAGUUACGAGUGGUUGCGUCAAGAGCGAUUACGUUGGCAUCCGGAUCGCUUCGGGAGGCUGUGUGCGGAGGAGUGGAGAGAGACGGGGAAAAGGCUUGCGGGCGAGAUGUUUAAGCUUAUGAGCGUUUUGAUGGAGGAUCUCAAGGGGGAUGCGGGGCAAGGGGGUAGUAGGGGUUCGUAG